AAGGCGCUGGGGGAUUCCCCGAGGGAAGUUCCAGCUCAUUGUAAAACAUACAAAAUGUUCGCUCGUACGAAACAGUCCGUUUCCUCCCGUUGAACGCGCAAACAGGCACGCAGCGGCGUCGCGAUGUCCGAACUGCGCUCGGCGUUGAGCGUUUGGGCCGUUUUGGAGUGAAGCGAUCGCCGACAGCUCCAGCGCUGAUCUCGCUCCUCUGAGUUAAAGAAGGGGAGCGCGAGCGCGAGUGUGUGCCCGGGACUGGGGCCCGGGGCCCGGGACCGCCCUGUUCGGUAUGUUACUGAAGGCCCCGGGAUGGACAGGACCAUCAGUGAGCAGCUCAACAAAGCCUUCGAAGCCUACCGCAACGCGUCUAUCGAGAAGGAGUCGGCCAGAAAGGAACUUCAGCACAAGACCGAGCAGUAUCAGCGGCACACUCAGCAGCUGGAGAGAAAGAUAGAGGAGCAGGCGAAGACCAUCGCACUUCUGAAAGCGGAGCUCGGUUGCCUUCAUAAACAUGCAUCAGAGGAGAUCUGCGAGCCUGCGUACAGAAAACAGGAAGCGGAAACCUCGUCACCUAGCGAUCAUCGCCCCGACAACCCGUCCAGCUCCCACAGGACUAACCAUUUCCUGAUAAACGAACCCACAGAGUAUUCCAGGAUGCUUUCCCAUACAAUAUCUGCUGCCUGCGAAAUGAAGAGCGAGAAAGUACUGGACACUUGGCAGGAAAUCCAGGGGACUUUCCAGAGGAUUCAGACUCUAACCAGAAGGCAGAAAGAUCACCUGAAGCGAAUCCACAAAGGAAAUGAGACCUCUAAUGAGCAGUUUUCCAUGCCCAUCCAGUGCACCGAAGACACCGCGGAGCAGGCCGAGGCUCCCUUUUCCUCCCCGCUGAGGUCAGAGGUCGACGAUGCGUCGUCCUCCGCCUCCCUCGCCUCGCGCGGCGCCGGUCCAGACGGACACUUUUUCGAUUCGCUGAGAGGCCUGAGCGUGAAGUUUCCCCCGAGCGCGGACGACGAGUACGACUUUCUCAACAGCACGCCGGACAAACGGGUGGACCUGGCCCUGCACAGACCGGACCUGGCCGACCACAUGCACACCAUGACGGAGGAGUCUUACUCGUCGUACCCGGCGUCCUCCCAGUCCGCUCACGCGUCUUCUGCGGCGCACGAAAACGUACGAGGACCCCAACAGGUUGCAUCAAAGCACUGUACAGUAUAAGGUAGAAGAGUACAAUGACAGGGAUGACGAGAGUGACCAAACCCUAUUGCCUCAAAAAGGUGGCGAAUCUUUGUGUAAAGUCGCUAUCGCCGUUUUCUACCCGCCUCCCGCUUUCCGUCGUAAAUAUAAAAAUUGCGUCGGAAGGCGAACCGAGCUUUGACGGAGCCGUUAAACCCUUUAAAGGAGCCGUUCGUGCAAUGUGGCGUUGCAUCACUUGCUCACCGGUGGGUGCUCUGCAGCGAAUGGGUGCCGUCGGAGCGCUAAGCCAUCACUUUUGGCUAAUUCGUAAUAACGCUUCCUCCAGUGAAAAAGUACAUCUCCUGACGUCUCUCACAUCAAAAUACCACCCAUAUGUUUGGAUGAGAGCUGUUUUGUUUCGCAAGCGGUGCUCGGUCUGUUAGUUUUUCGCUGGAUGAAGUUACAGGCUCAAAUCGUAGCUGGAACGAGUGGUUAAAAUGAAGUUACAACGUCUUAACGAUGGAUUUGUUUCUUUGCACUUCACAAUAUGUUAAUUGGCGGAUUAUUUGUGGGUUAUUGUGAUUUGUAUUUAUUUUAUUUUAUGUUUUUUGGACUCUCAUUCUGACGGCACCCAUUCACUCAUUCAUUAAAUGGACCAACGAUGUAGUGCUGCGUUCCUCUAAAUCUGAUGAAGAAGCAAACUCACCCUAAUCUUGGAUGGCCUAUAGUUUUUUGUACGAACUGUUCCUUAAGAAAUGCAACGUUACCAUUUUUAAGGUUUUCACCCCCAGCCAAGUUUACGUAUGGAAGCAUUUUACUGGAUUUGGUUCAAUGCGUUGUUUUUAUUAAGCUUUCUUUUGACUUGGAAACCCUGAAAAGUUUUUUUUUAAUCGGGUUAAUGCAAAUUAAAUUAGAAUUUUUAAAUAUUAAAAAAUAUUAAAAAGUAACUGAACUUGGGUUUUAUUA